UUCCCACGGGAUUGAAUGCAAAUCAGAGUUCUCAAUGCAGCUGUACUGCAUUCAGAAGUCACCUGGCCAUUGGAACUACAACUCAAACUUCAACAUGCCUGCACCUCGACAGACAACACACCUUGCGGAGUAUGCAUCCAUUGCCGCCUCCGGUCUCGCGCUAUCAUGCAUGCUCACCUUUGGGGGGAAGACAGAGCCGGGCUUGGACCUUCCCUUUAAUGCAGUCGACGACAAGCCCCAAGGCAAGAUUGCAAUGGCGGGGCAAGCAACUUCCUUGGCCUCUGGCGCCAUCCCGCACGAGCGUCGCAGUCUCUUAGCCCGCAUAUCAGAUCCAGCAAGAGCCCGACCCAAUAAGGCCCCCCAAUCCCUUACACUCCUUGAAUCAUGCUUCACCGACAUCCCGACGACCCACUCAAUACCCCUCGAUUGGACUCAGUCAAAAGGGAAUUACCCCUCAGUUCGCUUGGCCCUCGCUGCACUAGCCGCGUUAACCUAGUACUGAAGCCCACCAUGGCGCUUUUCGAGACGGAUGCCGUAGCCUUGUAGACGCCGGGGGCUCAUAUAUUAUCUAGCUCUCAUAUGGCGACGAUCUCUGACUGUAAGAUUUGCAAGGUCAGUCACCAAGACAAGAUCGCACAAUGGACAACAACCGAGACGAGGAGCACGGCAAGGUGAUUCCAAAUAGCCAGGAAUAUGCAACUUCUCAAACACCUCUCCUGGGCUUCAAACGAGCACAGGAUGAUAUGGGCAGGAUCCUGAGUACGAACUUCAGUGCGCUGACGGCCGGAUUAAAUGGUAAA